AUUGUCCAUUUCGAUUUGAGCAAAGAUCCGGUGAAAAUCAAUUAUCUACGAAAGAUUUUCGCCCAUUUAAACUACUUUGGAGCCAAAUCAGUUAUGCUACAAUAUGAUGAUUCUUUCCCAUUUGCAGGCAAUUUGAGUUUAGCUCGAUCACCUCAUAGUUAUACUAUUGACGACGUCAAAGAUAUUUUAGCCCAUGCUUCUAAAAAUAAGUUUAACAUAAUACCAUACAUUCAAGUUAUUGGUCAAAUGGAAUAUUUAUUACAACAUCAUCAAUUCCAUGACAUCAGGAGUGAUUCAUUUCCACGCCAGACAAUUUGCCCAUGUAGUAAUCGAAGUGUUACUAUUAUAAAAGAGAUAAUACGACAAAUUAUGGAUUUACAUAAGAACGCUAAAGCUAUUCAUAUCGGCGGUCAUGACUUUUAUAAUUCACGUUUAACUUGUAAUCGUUGCAAAGGCCAACAUUUAAAUGAAAAUCAAGUUUAUGUCGAAUAUAUUGUUAAGAUAUGUAAAUAUAUCAAGCAACAUUUUCCAGAAAUGACCAUCUUGAUGUGGGAUAAUCGCUUAAGGAGUAUGACAGCUAACGAAAUGGAACCUCUGAAAGAUUUAGUAGAACCAAUGGUUCUAGAUUUUCAUCCCGACGUUACUCAUAUCCUCGAUCAGCCACAGUGGAAAAGGUAUAAAUCAUUAUUUCAUCAAAUAUGGGGUGCCACAGCAUAUAAAGGUGCUGAAGAAUGCGACGAUAACUUUGUUCCAACGGUUAAGCGACUAAGUAACACGAUCACAUGGGCUAGAUUACUCGACGGCUUAAGAAGAACUGGUUUAAAAGUAGGAGGUAUCUCUUUAAUGGGUUUCUCUCGUCCAACUUAUUCUCUACCUACAUGUCAGAUUUUACCCGCGAGUAUUCCUACUCUUUUGCUUAUGGCCCUAGCUGUUAGA